UCAGGCAGGCAGUGGCGCUGGGCUGCGGAGUGCUGGCGGUCCAGCGGGAGGGCGGCCGGCCGCCAUUUUAUCCCAGCACCCGGGCGAGGAGCGGCAAGGGCAGCAGCAGCGUGGGCAUGGAUUCGGUUAGGUGUAAGCUCGUCGCCUCCUUGGCCUGCCUGUUGCUGAGCUUUUCGGUCGCCGCCGCGGCCGGUAAAGUAAACAAGCACAAGCCUUGGAUAGAAACCACUUAUCAUGGUAUUGUAACAGAGAAUGAUGUCACAGUGCUGCUGGAUCCUCCACUGAUUGCCUUGGAUAAAGAUGCACCUCUGCGUUAUGCAGAGAGGUAUGAGGUGACAUUCACCAAAGAAGGUGAGAUCUGUGGAUUUAGAAUUCAUGGGCAGAAUGUUCCUUUUGAAGCUGUGAUGGUUGACAAAACCACUGGUGAAGCUGUCUUGCGUUCGAAAGAAGUGAUGGACUGUGAGCUGCAGAAAGAGUAUACAUUUACUAUCCAGGCCUAUGACUGUGGAGAGGGUCCAGAUGGAGAAAAUAUGAAAAAAUCCCAUAAAGCUAAUGUUCAUAUCCAGGUGAAUGAUGUAAAUGAAUACUCCCCAGUUUUCAAGGAAAAAUCCUACAAAGCUACAGUUGUUGAAGGAAAGAAAUAUGACAGCAUUUUGAGAGUGGAAGCAAUUGAUGCAGACUGUUCACCUCAAUAUAGUCAAAUUUGCAGUUAUGAAAUUGUUACUCCUGAUGUGCCAUUCACUAUUGAUAAAGAUGGGUUUAUUAAGAACACAGACAAGGUGAACUAUAGCAAAGAUCGGCAGUAUAAGCUUGCAGUCACUGCAUAUGAUUGUGGGAAGAAACGUUCAACAGAAGAUGUUCUUGUUAAGAUCAACAUUAAACCUACAUGCAAGCCUGGCUGGCAAGGUUGGAGUAAAAGAAUUGAAUAUGAACCCGGUACUGGAAAUUUGGCAUUAUUUCCGAGUAUGAAUUUGGAGACAUGUGAUGAACCUGUUACCUUCAUUAAAACAACAAUAGAGUUAGAAACAAACCACAUUGGCAAAGGAUGUGACAGGGACACCUAUUCUGUAAAAUCACUCCAUAAACUCUGUGGUGUUACUUCUGGUACAGUUGACCUCCUUCCCUCGCCAAGCAGCAGCACAAAUUGGACAGUUGGUCUUCCUACGGACAAUGGGCAUGACAGUGAUGAGGUCUUCGAAUUCAAUGGUACUCAAGCUGUGAAAAUCCCAGAUGGCGUUUUGACAACAAAUCUGGAAGAAACAUUUACUAUAUCUGUGUGGAUGCGGCAUGGACCUGGUUCUGCUAUUCAAGGGGGCAAGGAAACGAUCCUUUGCAAUUCUGACAGACGAGAAAUGAAUCGUCACCACUACUCCCUUUACGUGCACAACUGCCGCUUGGUUUUCCUCUUCCGUCAAAAUCCUUCAGAGAAUGAAAACUUCCGGCCUGCGGAAUUCCAUUGGAAAAUUGACCAGGUGUGUGAUAAAGAAUGGCAUCACUAUGUCCUGAAUGUUGAUAUCCCCACUGUGGCCCUGUUUGUUGAUGGAGUUGCACAUGAUCCAUUCUUAGUUACUGAGGAUUAUCCAUUGCACCAUUCAAAGAUUGAAACCCAGUUGGUGGUUGGAGCUUGCUGGCAAGAAUAUACAGGAAGCGAAAAUGAAAAUGAAACUGUGACUGAAGCCUAUUCAGGAGGAGAAUUUCGCAUGGCUCAGUUUUUCCGAGGCAAUCUAGCAGGUUUGAUGAUACAGAGUGGGAAAAUUGAAAGCAAAAAGGUGAUUGACUGCUUGUACACUUGCAAAGAAGGGCUGGAUCUCUUGGAUUCUGAGAAUCUUGACAAAAGUGUGAAGGUCCAUUUCAAUCCCACCCAGUCAGUGCUCAGCUUGGAGGGGAACGACAUUGAAAGCUUUGAUAAGAGUAUACAGCACAUGUCGUAUCUCAACUCUAGGCAGUUCCCAACACCUGGAAUCAGACGAUUGAAAAUCAGCACAACUGUGAAGUGCUUCAAUGAAGAGACUUGCAUCACUAUCCCAGACGUGGAGGGCUAUGUAAUGGUUCUUCAGCCAGACGAACCAAGAAUCAGCCUGAGUGGUAUUGAUCACUUUGCACGUGCUGCCUCUGAAUUUGAAAGUGAUGAGGGUGUUCCAUUGUUCCCAGAACUGAAGGUCAUUAGCACCAUCACAAGAGAGGUCGAACCAGAAGGAGAGGAUGAGGAUGAUUCAGCAGUCCAAGAGUCUGUGAUAUCUGAAGAAAUAAUGCACAAUCUUGAUAUGUGUGAGAUUUCAGUUCUUGGUGAUGAGCUGAAUGCAGAACAGGAAAGUUUUGAUGUUGAUCAGUCCCAACUUCGACAGAGGGGUAUGGAAAUGAGUAACUCUUCAACUGGCAUGACCAUCAUGGGUGUUGAUACAAUGGCAAAUUAUGAGGAGAUGCUACAUUUGAUUCGUUAUCGAAACUGGAACAGCGAAUCGCUGUUUGAAAGGAAAUUUAAACUAAUUUGCUCAGAAUUAAAUGGACGCUACUCCAGUAAUGAGUUCACCGUUGAGGUCAAUGUCAUUCACACUGCUAAUCGAGUAGAGCAUCCCAACCAUGCAGUGGUACAACCGGAGUUUGUUCAUCCAGUUCACCAUUCUUCAGUUGACUUAUCCGGACACAACCUUGCAAAUCCACAUCCAUCCACAGUUGUGCCUGGUGCAGCUACAGUCGUCAUCGUUGUCUGUGUCAGUUUCCUGGUCUUCAUGAUUAUCCUUGGGGUUUUCCGAAUCCGCGCUGCACAUCAGCGGACAAUACGGGAUCAGGAGAAUGGGAAAGAGAAUGAGAUGGACUGGGAUGAUUCGGCUCUGACAAUUACAGUGAACCCCAUGGAGACGUACGAGGACCAGCAUAGUAGCGAAGAGGAGGAGGAGGAAGAGGAGGAAGAAAGUGAGGAAGGUGAUGAAGAAGAUGACAUUACCAGUGCAGAGUCUGAAAGCAGUGAAGAAGAGGGUGAGCAGGAAGAUCAUCAGAAUGUAAACCGGCAACAACAACUUGAAUGGGAUGACUCAACUCUUACCUAUUGAUUUUCCUGCUGUUACUUCGUGCUGUUGGAGACUCAGUUGCCCACUCCAUCUUAGCUAAGGAACCAUCUUGCACUUUUUUCUUGUCAUCUGAUGAAUGACUCUAGCUAGACAAUAUACAUGAUUUUCAGGACUCUUUUUGCUCUAAGAGGCAGCUUUGCUAUUUUCAGUUUUUUUGUGGAAAGAGGAAAAAUUGCAUUGAGUAGCGUUUAAAGUUGCUUGGUUCUGACCUGGUCAUAAUUUUUUUUCUGGUGCAUGUGGAAAAAAAUUGAGGAGGUCAAUUUAUGUAGAAGAAUAACAAGAUUUUUAAUAUUUUGUAAAUAUAUUGAAAUUAUGUAAUUAAUGUCAUGGUAGUGAAAUAUUGGACAAAGAGUUAAAGCAUACAUUUAAAGAGACAGUAUCUUUUUUUAAUAUUGGCCUUUUGAAGUUCUAUGUCAAAUUUGUUCUAACUCUGUAAUUAAAAUGUGCUUAGUUUAAUUAUGGUCAUCCUUACUGAUGCUACCUGAAAUAUUUCUGCUGUAAUUGUCUUCAACAGUAAAGCUGACGUAAGGGAGAAAAUAGUUUAAAACAAUUUUAGCUGCUUAUCCCGCAUUAAUCUGUAGAUAGGCAUUUAAACAUUGACCUUUUGGCAUACAACUCUACAAAUUUUAUUUCAUUGUUUUAAAAAUUAAAUCAAUGUACAAUUGUUGACUCUGUAACAGUUUGACUUUUCAUUGGGUAUCAGAAACCGGCCUCGUGUUGAUUAAGCAAAGGUAAUACUGUCUUUUUAAAGCAGAGGAUUUAAUGGGAGUGAUGGAUUCAGCAAAACCAAGGACUUAAUAUGCUUGCUUUGAGAACCAUCCCUGUUGGAUCAAUGCACAAAGUAACUACCAAUAGUUCUGUACAUUGAAUUGUACUGUAGUUUUAAACUAUUUGUUUACAUUUAGUAAACUUUGCUUUCUCCUUGUAAUAUUGUAGUUGAAACUGUACAAAGAAAUUGGCUCAUAUUUGUGAAUCAAAUGUUUUGGUGAUUUUAAAACAGUGCUCUGCCUCCAUGUUUUUUUAAAAUGAAUUGUUAACUGAUGUGCAAGGACAUUUGCCAGAAUGGUACUAAAAUAUGCAGCUUUAGUGAUGUGCACAGGGCAGGCUUGGCUGGAUGGACAAAAAGGGGAAUGGGAAAAGAUGUUGUGGGAGUGUUUGUAGUCAGUGAUGAGCAAGAUUAUGGCUGUUGAAGAUUUUGUUUUAUAAAAUGGAUGUUUUGUGACUGGUAAUGCAUUAAUGGUUGGAGCAAAUGAAUUUAGCUUCUGUAAGGGAAGAAGCAAGGCUUGGUGGGAAUGGAAAGAAAUAGCUGUUCUGUGCUCUUACAGACUCCCCCUUUCCUUAGAAGUAAGAUUCUUAGAAUUGCAAAAGUCCUUUGAGAAUGAAAACUCCAAUUCUGAAGAUGUCUGAAUCUAGGGAGUGCUUAUUUGAGAUUGCUUGGAAUGCCCACAGCAUUUUCAGCAUCACAUAAGCAUGGUGUGAGUUUUUCAAUUUUGAGUUACUUAGGGUAAUCCUUGGAAAUUGGAAGUGUAUAACAAGGUACAUUAUUGGGUGUAGAAAAUCUGUUUAAGCAUUAUUUAUGAUAUUAAAGCAUUGUGGAAAGGCUAGCGUCCCACAAACAUCUAUGUGGGAUCUAAAUCGCAUCUGCAUGAAUGACAAACUCACUAAAUAUUCCUGGUUUUAAUGGCUAAUAAAUAAGUCAUUACACUGGUUAAACGUGAAAAUGCAGCUCUUUUACAAAGGCUUUUAUUGAAAUAUUAUUUCAUCAUUUUGGUAAGCAUUCCAAACACCUGUCUGGCUUUGUAACCAAUAAAAAUCCAUGAUUACCCUUUGAAAGAAUGUCUCACUGGUUUUAACUUGGAGAAUUGGUGUUGAUGGGUUAAUUGGGGGAGUUUCACACCAGCAUAUUAACCAGUGAUCCAGGAGCAUUUUUUUUAUCACUAGCUGAAAAAAUAUACAUUUGCAUGCUGCUAAAUUAGUGAUCUGUUAGUGGUUAAAGAUGAGAUUUUAGCUUUAAGUCUGGAAUGAUAUUUGUUUUGAAAUGGAUUUAAGAACACUAAGUUCUAUCAAUCAGGAUUGUCCAAAAUCCUUUGCCAUGCAGCUUGUAAUUCUGUGCCAUGGCCACAGUGAUCACCUGAAGCCAGGUUUGCUUUUCCUUUUGUUGCAUCUUCUUUUGUUCUUUGGGUCAGGAUCUGUCUUGGCCACAAGUGUGUAAUUUAAACUGGAUCGAGGUGAGCAGGUUGGGAGUGCCUUGACUUUCGCAAAUAGCAUAACUUAAUGAUGUACAUCUAGGAAGUGGAAUAGUCUAAAUUUUUUUUAACUUUAAAUUAUAGAUUUCCUAACAGUGGGGGAAUAUGGUUUUACUUGAUUCUUUUUUUUUUGUCAAGUUUUUUUUUAAUGUGCUAGUUUUUCUCAUGGUGGAAAAGUAAAUCCUACGUUAUGUAUUUGUCUGACAUGGGUGUCUUGUGUUCAUGUGUAAGAGACUUGAAGUCUAUCCAUUUAUUGUCAUCGUAGAUAAUGUAUUAGACAUAAAGGCUAUCAUGUUAAAAGCUAACAAUGGUGUAAUCAUGUUAUAAAUUGUAUGUAGCCAAUAUGGGUAUUACUUACAGAUAUGUAUAUGAUAGGUCAAUCUGAAGUCUUUGAGCUACAAUAAAUUUCCAGCCCUAAACUCUACAAUAUCGUCCAGCAUGUUUUAAUGGGUUCUGUAGUGUGCAAUUACUUGGGGUGAUGAAGCUUCCUGCCUGAAGCAAUACGGUGUCAAAUAAAAAAAACUUAA